UUCCACCAACGCGACAACAACCGCUCCUCCCUCUUCUCAGGCUACGACCAACGCUCACGUCCAACCUCCACAUCGCCAAACCCAUACGCGGCAAGCAACGGCUACAGCAUUCCUUCAUCCUCUGCAAACAACACAUUCGCCGCAUAUCCCGGCAGCAGCAGCAACACAGAAAGAGGCAACUCUGGAGCCAAUUUCCGCACAGCGACUCCGGAUAAACGAGGUGCUUUCAGCGAUGCCGUGCUCUCCGAGUUGGAAUCGCAGAAUGAUGAGCAGGUGUCUGAGAUGAGCAAGAAGGUUGGCAUGCUGAAAGAUGUGAGUGNNCUUACCUUGCGCAUCGGCGACGAAAUCCGCGACUCGACUGCCCUGGCGGAAAAGAUGAAUGACCAGUUCUCGAAUACGAGUAACAAGCUCAAGGGAACAAUGAACCGUAUGCUGCGUAUGGCGCAGAGCACCGGUGUGGGCUGGAAGGUGUGGCUCGGCUUCUUUGCCUUUGUCAUUGUCUUGUUCUGGUACGUCUGGCUGUUC